CACUUUUCUACAGAUAAUAACAGCCUUAGCAGACUCUCUCAGCCAUGUCCGAGGACCCGAGCUCCCAACCCUGGUCCAUCAACAAAGAUGAUUACGAGCUCCUGGAGGUGAUCGGGAGUGGAGCCACAGCAGUGGUCCAGGCAGCCUACUGUACACCCAGAAAAGAGAAGGUUGCCAUCAAACGCAUCAACCUAGAGAAGUGCCAGACCAGUAUGGAUGAACUCCUGAAAGAGAUUCAGGCCAUGAGCCAGUGCCACCACCCCAACAUUGUUUCUUACUACACAUCCUUUGUUGUGAAGGAUGAACUGUGGCUGGUUAUGAAGCUGCUCAGUGGGGGUUCAGUGCUGGAUGUGAUCAAGCACAUUAUCUCACGCGGCGAGCACAAGAACGGCGUCCUGGACGAGGCCAGCAUAGCCACCGUGUUGAAAGACGUGCUCGAGGGAUUGGAGUACCUACACAAGAACGGGCAAAUCCACAGAGAUCUCAAGGCUGGAAACAUUCUCCUUGGAGAUGAUGGUUCCGUGCAGAUUGCAGACUUUGGCGUCAGUGCCUUUUUAGCCACAGGUGGUGACAUGACCCGAAACAAAGUGCGCAAGACGUUUGUGGGAACGCCAUGCUGGAUGGCGCCAGAGGUCAUGGAGCAGGUGAGGGGUUAUGAUUUCAAAGCAGAUAUUUGGAGUUUUGGAAUCACAGCUAUUGAGCUAGCCACUGGAGCUGCACCUUAUCACAAAUACCCACCAAUGAAGGUCUUGAUGCUGACGCUGCAGAAUGACCCACCAUGUCUGGAGACUGGUGUGACAGAUAAGGAGAUGGUAAAAAAAUAUGGCAAAUCUUUCAGGAAGAUGAUCUCCCUGUGUCUACAGAAGGAACCAGAGAAAAGGCCAACAUCAUCAGAAUUAUUGAAGCAUAAAUUCUUUCAGAAAGCAAAGACCCACGAAUAUUUGCAUGAGAAGUUGAUCCAAAGGGCUCCAACAAUAACAGAGAGAUCAAAAAAGGUACGACGAGUGCCUGGUUCCAGUGGGCGGCUCCAUAAAACGAUGGAUGGGGAAUGGGAAUGGAGCGACGACGAGCUCGAUGAAGAAAGCGAGGAAGGCAGACUAGCUGUUGCAGCUUUAAGAUCACCAAGAGUUAAGGAAAUUUCUCAAAAUUCAGAGCUUUUCCAGACUCCUGAGCCUUUAAGUAGUCACCUCCAGGCAGUGUCCCAAGGUCAGGCUGAACUACCUCAGGCUGCAAGCCAACCCUGCCUGCAGCCCACGCAAGUCAACACUCACCCCUCUGCCCAGGCUGGAUCGCCGCCACCCAGUGUUCCUGCUGCUGCUGUCGUGCCCACUCAGAUUGAAAUAGCCUGUGAAGAUGUUAGCACUCCCAUUAGUUUGGUAUUAAGGUUAAGAAAUUCAAAGAAGGAGCUGAAUGACAUCCGCUUUGAAUUCAUGCCAGGAAGAGACACAGCAGAUGGAGUGUCCCAGGAGCUGGUGUCAGCAGGUCUGGUGGAUGGGAGGGACUUGGUAAUAGUUGCUGCUAAUUUGCAGAAGAUUGUCGAUGAGCCUCAAGGUCAUAAAAAUGUAACAUUCAAACUGGCUUCUGGGGUGGAAGGAUCUGAAAUACCAGAUGACAUCAAGCUGAUGGGCUUUGCUCAGCUUAGCAUUAGUUAAACUGUUGUUCUACAUGGAACCAUGACUUGCCUAAAAAUGUGAAAAUGGAAAAAAAAAAUAGUUUAAUGCAUUUUUUCUCUUUCCAUGGCUGUAAAGAACCACUACUGCCAAAGAAAAUAAUACCAUUUUGCUACCCAUAGGAUUAUACAAUACCACCUUGUGGGAUUAGGUGGUCAGCCGUAGUAUCAGAACUGUAGUGGGAGAAUCAAAGCUCAAAGUUUACAGUGUACAUGUAGAGGGAUGCGAGCAUCUGCAAGAAAAUGUUUUCAUUUUAGAUUCUGGGUUCCUUCAUCUUGUUAUUAUCUCAUUUCUAUGUCAUGCAUUUGCACAAUCGGAUCCAACACUCCCUAAUCCCACGUAAUCCCGGUAAGUGUAAUUGCCUUAUAAUCAUAAGAACUACUGAAUGCUCAUUUCGUUUCACCCCAUGUGGAGCGUAGUGUCAUUUGAAAUGCACAAACGUGGCUGCGGGUGCUGAUGCCAAACUUUAAACUUUUGUUUUGUGAGUACGAAUGAGAUGGAAAAUAAAGUUAUGCCAAAAUAUGAUUAUUAUUAUAUUUCUACAGUCUUUACUAUGUAAGACUGAAUUUAGCCCAAAACGCUCUUCUCCGUUUUAGGACAAAAGUAUCUAGUAAUUUUUUUCAAAAACAGGUGGAAAAAAAACUAAAUCCGAAACAAAAUCUUUUACCUUCUUAAGUGCUUUAUUUUACAGUGUUAUAAAACUGGAUAUUUUGGUUUGCAAAACAUUUUUGUCCUAAAUUUGCACCCAUUAUGAGAUAUAAUUUCAGCAGUUUUUCCUUUCUGUUUUGUUUUGAACAAAGACAUGUUCAUUGAUCUUACCCAUUAGGUUGAUUUAUUCUGUUUAUGGUUUACAUGAAGACUUGAUGAUCUCUUGAUACUUUGAUCAAUAAUGUAGCGAUGAAGGUCACUGAAUCAAUAAAU